GUUUGAGCAUUCUUUUCAUAUUUAUCUUUGAUAUAUAGUUUGCAAUUUUGCAUUGGUUGAUAUCAGAGAAUUACAAUGGCAAAUGAGCAGUUGCAUGUGUUGAAUGCUUUGGACGUAGCCAAGACACAAUGGUACCAUUUCACAGCCAUUCUCAUCGCCGGAAUGGGCUUCUUCACCGACGCUUAUGACCUCUUCUCAAUCUCACUUGUUACAAAGCUUCUCGGCCGUAUUUACUACCAUGUUGAUGGCUCCCCAACCCCUGGCACUCUCCCUCCCAAUGUCUCAGCUGCUGUCAAUGGCGUUGCCUUCAUUGGUACUCUCUCCGGCCAGCUCUUCUUCGGUUGGCUUGGAGACAAGAUGGGUAGAAAGAAAGUAUAUGGAUUGACACUCAUGUUAAUGGUAGUUUGCUCUUUAGCUUCUGGUCUAUCUUUUGGCCACACCUCCAAAUCGGUGAUGAUAACUCUUUGCUUCUUUCGGUUCUGGUUGGGCUUCGGCAUCGGCGGUGAUUAUCCUCUUUCAGCCACAAUCAUGUCGGAAUAUGCUAAUAAAAAAACUAGGGGUGCAUUCAUUGCUGCUGUUUUUGCCAUGCAAGGCUUCGGCAUUCUCGCCGGAGGAAUGGUAACCAUUAUAGUAUCUCUUGCUUUCAAGAACCGUUUCCCGGCUCCUUCUUACUCCGUUGAUCCUUCGGCUUCCACCGUGCCACAAGCCGACUAUGUUUGGCGUAUAAUUCUCAUGUUCGGUGCCGUCCCGGCUUUGAUAACAUACUAUUGGAGGCUCAACAUGCCGGAGACGGCGAGGUACACUGCUCUCGUCGCUAAGAACACUAAGCAAGCCGCCGCCGACAUGUCUAAAGUUUUAAAGACAGAGAUCACAGCUGAUGAAUUGAGUGAAAAUUCUAAAAUUAACUCAAACUUCGGUUUGUUCUCGAAAGAAUUUGUCCGGCGACACGGCCUUCAUCUUGUCGGCACUGCCAUCACUUGGUUCUUCCUCGACAUCGCUUAUUACUCACAAAACCUCUUCCAAAAAGAUAUCUUCAGUGCUAUCGGAUGGAUACCGAAGCCGAAGACGAUGAGUGCAUUAGAAGAAGUGUUCAAGAUUGCUAGAGCUCAGAGUUUGAUAGCUCUCUGUGGAACAGUGCCUGGAUAUUGGGUUACAGUUGCACUCAUUGAUAUAUUAGGGAGGUUGAAGAUCCAGCUUUUAGGGUUUUUCAUGAUGACAGUGUUCAUGCUUGGACUUGCUAUUCCUUACAACCAUUGGACAACACCAGGGAACCACAUUGGUUUCAUUGUGUUGUAUGGGUUCACCUUCUUCUUCGCAAACUUUGGACCGAAUAGCACGACGUUUAUCACGCCGGCGGAGAUAUUUCCGGCGAGGUUGAGGUCAACAUGUCAUGGAAUAUCUGCAGCGUCUGGGAAGUUGGGUGCAAUUAUUGGUUCUUUUGGGUUCUUAUAUUUGGCUCAGAAUAAGGAUCCAGCAAAGGCUGACCAUGGUUAUCCUGCCGGAAUUGGUGUUAGGAAUUCUUUGUUCUUGCUCGCCGGUUGUAAUUUGAUGGGUCUUUUCUUUACUUUCUUGGUGCCGGAGACGAAGGGGAAGUCAUUGGAGGAGAUUUCAAAGGAAGAUGAGCCUGAGAACAAGACUCAAUUAGAGACAACCACAGCUUAAAUUUUAGUUUCUGUUUGGUUUGUUAGAUUUUGUGGGCUCCAUUAUGUUGUCUCUUGUUGUUGUUGUUGUUAUUGUUAUUGUUGUUUGUUGGUGUCAUUGUGUUGAAAGAACUUAAUUUUAAGGUUGUUUUAAUUAAGA